AUGGACGACCUGGCACUGCUGGACCUGCUGGAGUGCCCCGUGUGCUUCGAGAAGCUCGAYGGCAGCGCCAAGGUGCUGCCCUGCCAGCACACCUUCUGCAAGCCCUGCCUGCAGAGGAUCCUCAAGUGCCAGAAGGAGCUGCGGUGCCCCGAGUGCCGCACGCUGGUGCUCUGCAGCAUCGAGCAGCUGCCGUCCAACCUGCUGCUCAUCCGCCUGCUGGACGGCGCCCGCUGCGGGCAGAAUGUCGCCAGGUUUGGCUCCAUGCAGAGGGCCGGCCUCCUCUCCUCGCCRGCCUCCAUCCGGAGGGUCCCCAGAGGGCUGCAGCUGAGCCAGUACAGGCUGGCACCGGCUCCCAGGAUCCACAUGGAAGGGGUUCCACGAGCCAAGGCCUUGUACAGCUACCGUGGGCACAAUCCUGGGGAACUGAGAUUCAACAAAGGAGACAUCAUCAUGUUGCUCCGACAGCUGGAUGAAAACUGGUAUUUGGGCGAGAUCAACGGUAUCAGCGGGGUUUUUCCAGCCAGCUCCGUACAAGUCAUCAAGCACCUGCCGCUGCCACCACCCCUCUGUAGAGCACUUUACAACUUCGACCUAAGGAGCAGAGACAAAAAUGAAAACAAAGACUGCCUGACAUUUCAUAAGGGUGAUAUCAUCACCGUCAUCAGCAGAGUUGAUGAAAACUGGGCAGAGGGCAAGUUAGGCGACAAAGUAGGGAUCUUCCCCAUCUUGUUUGUGGAGCCAAACACUACUGCAAGAAAACUCCUGCAGACAAGCAAAAGCCACCAGGCUCCUCAGUUUAAAUGUGCAUCACCCUCACGAACAACAGCCACCAAGUCAAAAGGCGCAGAUUCACCAGCUUUCCACAAGGCAUCCGACUCGAGAAGGAAGAGCCUGAGACAAUUCUCAAUCACAACUGCCUUAAACACGCUCAACAGGAUGGUCCAUUCCCCUGCCGAGCGGCAGGCCCUGGAGAUCAGCUCUCCUGUGCUCAUCAGCUCCAGCAACCCCACGGUGGCGACCCAGAGCAGUGAGAAAGGGGAGCUGCCUUGUGGCGUGCCUGUGCAGCAAGUCAGUGCAUCUUACUAUCCUGCACCAGGAUCUUUGGGGCAUUCAGCAGCCAUUGUCACCCUUCCCCAUCUGCAGCAUCACAUAUCAGCCAAUAUGAAACCUAACCUCUCCGACUCGAAGAUGCCGUCCCUGUACACCUCGUGGACGCUGUCGACCGCCUCGCUCUCCUCUCAGGGAAGCAUCUCGGAAAACGGCCAAAGACAAAGCCGGCCUCUGAAGCCGGUGCUGCUGCCCGUGCCGGUGCCCUCGCCGGGGAGGAACGCGGCCCUGCUGGGCCCCUCGGCACAGGCCUCCUUGCGGCGCGGACGGGGCAGCGCCAGGAAGAAUGGGUCCCUGCAGAGGCCCGGGCAGGCCGGGACCCCUGUUCACGUGGCCGGCUCCCUCCGACGUCUUCCCGCCACRGCGGCGCGGCCCCUGCAGUUCCAGCUUUACCAGCACGUCAGCUCUGCGGGGGCCGGCAUGGCCGAUGCUGCAACAAGGCCAAACUUCUCCCACGACGUGUCACCGGCACUUGUGCUUAGAGGAGGRGAAAGCAAAACUCCCUCUGUGUGUAGUUCCGUGAUCCUGGAUGUCAAAGAUCUUCCAGCAAAAAGUGAGGCUGCUCCAAAGCCGCCUGCAUCGGCUCCACCAUCCAUCCUGGUGAAACCAGACACUUCCCGGAACAGCACUGAAAAGCAAGUGAAGACGGUGAGGUUCCAGAACCAGAGCCCGCCGCCGCCCAAGCGGCACAGCCUGCAGCCCUCGCCGCGCCUGCCGCGCGGCCCCGCCGAGCAGGGCGCGCAGGCGGACACGCUCGCCGCGGACGCCGACGGGAGCCUGCUCGGGCCGCGGCUCAGCGCCAGCCCGCUGCACCAGCGCCGGGCGAAGGCCGCCUCGCUGGACCUUGCCGGCCAGGCAGGACAGCUGACCUUCCCUCUGAAGAAGAGCUACAGCAGCAUUUCUGCAAACUGA